AUGGCCUCCUCUGGCCGGGAUCCUUACAUAUACCAAGGCCGAAGCCAAGACGAAGAUAGUGACGUACCAGCAACUGUGGCUGAUGUGGAGGUGGCGUCCCAUGUAACUAGCAUUCACUCCAAAGCCUUCAAAAGCUGUGUCAUAUUGACGCAGGUCCGUUUGCCGCUGGGCCUAAAGGUGAUUGGGGAGAAUGUUUUCAACAACUGCCAAGCUCUCAAGACAAUGUCAAUACCGUCGUCAGUAGAAGUCAUUCGAUCAGGCGCCUUUUGUGAUUGUAAAUCGCUGGAGACUGUGGAUCUUCCAGAAGGUUUGUCUGCGAUUCCUUAUGCUUGCUUUAUCCGCUGUGUCUCCUUGGUCAAGGCUCCUAUUCCAUCUACAGUGGUGGAGAUUCGAGUCAAUGCCUUUUGGGAUUGUCAAGCGCUACCUCAUGUGGAUCUUCCAAUGGGGCUAGAAACCAUUGGAAAAGGAGCCUUCGCAAACUGUUGGAGUUUGUCUCGGGUUCUAGUACCAUCCUCGGUCAUUUCCAUUGGUAUGAUGGCCUUUUCGCAAUGCCGCAGCCUUGAUACAGUAGAAAUAUCUAUUGUAUCCAGUACACUCCAAUCGAUUGGGCGAUAUGCUUUCACUAGAUGCAAGUCUCUCUUCUGUAUUUCCCUUCCCAAAAACUGUGGUGUGGACCCAUCGGCAUUUCUCCAUUGUGGAAAGCUUCAGCAAGCUUUCGGGUGUGAUGGCAACGCUCUGAAUGACUGCCUGAAAAAUAGAUUUGAUGGUUUGCCAGCCCAUGUAUUCUGUUAUCAGGAAGUUCAUGAUUCCAUGUUUGACAGUACCGGUAUCGGCACCCUGAACGAUAACGAAACGAUCUAUCCAACAAACACCAAAGACGUCUUUGACUUGACACCAUUUCACAUCUUGGCACUGUCUUCAAAACCAAAUAUUGACGCAUUUAAGUUGCUUCUGAAACAGACAUCGUGUCCUGUCGAUCAGCUUUGGCAGUUUGAUAUACUGGGGAAUACUGCCUUGAGAUAUGCAAUCAGGAGCCGCAAACUAGGGUCUGUGGCAUUCGCUAAUACUAUGCUUCACGCCAUGAUAGAUCGACGAGUAGAUAGUCUAAGUUUCGAGCCUUGGAGAUUGAACAUUGCCCAGAAACUGAACAGUCUCUUCGAGGAAGAUGUCAAUAUUGAACGUGACGACGGGAUCAAUGGAUUGUUUGCUUUGCUUCACUUGUCUGAGCGAAAGGAGACAUUGUCGCUACUGGAUCAAGCUAUUUGGAAGCACGGACUGCGGCAAUCUCGGAAGGAACUGGCUGUAAGGGGAGAAAGGAGGGAAGCUAAACGACCCAAAAUGGAUUCAAAUGUCUCGCCUAAUGACACCAGAGUUGAUCGUCAGGGGUACUAUGUCCACUCCGGUGCAGAAACCAUUAUUGUCAACGCUCUUCCAUAUCUCGGACCAAUUGUAAAAACUAUAGAAUUUUGA